AUGGCAGCAGUUUUGGAUCCCCGCAAGCCGUUUUCUGCAGAGCUGCAUGCCAUCAGACGGCUGAACUCCAGCCUGUACGGUGCUGGUGGUGGUGGACUGGAAACUGGGCGCGCUGACUCACCUUUUGCUAGAUGUCAGCCCCCUGCUGAGCAACAUGUCAACCUGGCUCCUUUACGAGACGACGUCCCGUUGCUGGAUCCUUGCUGCGGUCAGCUGAGCGCCGGAGCGGAGGUGGCCCUGGGGGUCAGGGGUCGACAGAGAUUCAUCGAUUUUCAGCAUGUGGCCUCUGCUCUGCGGGGGCCUCCAGGUUUCCGGGAGAGGCCACCAACAGCUCCAAACCCUUCUGGUAUCUGGGUCGACCUGAGCCAAGAUAAAGCCUGGAAUUCAAGGAGGAUCCCUGAUGCAGUCUUGAGAGCAAGACUCAGUGCUCAGCGCUUCAGAUACACUUCUGCAACACAGAGGAGUUAUGAGGACGUUUGUUGGGAUUCAAAGUUACCCCGGCGCUUGAAGGCACCAGACACAACCCUGAGGAAAAUGGCUGACCCAGUGAGGGAGUUUACCUCAUCGAGGCGCUACGGUAGCCGACCUCACCUGUGGCAGUCAAUGGGAGCUGAGUGGAGCAGGCAGCAGCUCCGAUCGAGGCAUGAUGCCAGGAAGCCCGUAUCAUUCUGCAGUGGAUGUCCGAGGUCAGGUCAAAUCCCUCUGUACACUGGUACGAUCGGCUCUGAGAACAUGCAGAACAUUGACGACAUGGAUGGAGACUUUAGCCCGCUGACCCUGAAGAGGAGCAUCGUGCCCCCAUACGUGCCUACAGCACGACGAACCACCAUCCCUGGAUACGCAGGCAAGGCUGCUUAUGCUAACUCUGCUCCUGAUGCUGCAGUCUGGGUCCCAGCUGUCUGCAGUCCUGCAGGCUCCUCCGGUGCUACUUUUGGCCAUGCGGCGCCCCUGUCUCGAAUGGUGACCACCGUGACCCCCUGCAACCCCUUCCUGAGACCUGCGCUUCCUGCCACACGCCAGCAUGCGAGGAGGCAGUAG